UAUCCACUUUGCCCCCUGGACUGGAGGACACACGGCAAGGCGGAGAGCCCAACUAAACACCAACUCCCGCCGCCGCCGCCGCCGCCGCCGACAUGCCGCCGUCCCUCCUACUACCCGCCUCCUCUUGUACUAGUAUGAGGUUGCUCUCUCCGCAGCAUCGUUGGUCAACUCCCCCGCCCCCGCUCGUUUCCUCCUCCUUCUCCGCGCGCCGCCCUUAUCCCGGCCUCCGCCUCGCCGCCGCCGGAACCAACGGCGUCAACGGGGACGCCGGCGCCAACAACAACCUGCCCAAAAACCGGAGGGAUAUUCUCCUCGAAUACGUAAAAGGUGUCCAGCCAGAGUUUAUGGAGCUCUUCGUCAAAAGAGCCCCAACACAGGUUGUUGAUGCCAUGCGCCAUACGGUCACUAAUAUGAUUGGGACUCUUCCACCUCAAUUUUUUGCUGUAACUGUCACAACGGUUGCUGAAAAUCUGGCACAGCUUAUGUACAGUGUUUUGAUGACUGGGUAUAUGUUCAGAAAUGCACAGUACCGCCUUGAAUUGCAGCAGAGUUUGGAGCAGAUUGCUCUUCCUGAACCCAAAGAAGAAAAGGAUUCAGAAGAUUAUGCUCCUGGAACCCAGAAAAAGGUAAGUGGGGAAGUGAUCCGAUGGAACAAGACCACUGGACCAGAAAAGAUUGACGCUGUGAAAUAUAUAGAAUUGCUUGAAGCAGAAAUCGAUGAGCUGAGCCGUCAAGUUGCUAGGAAAUCAUCUCAAGGAAGCAAUGAGCUCCUGGAAUACCUGAAAACUCUAGAACCUCAAAAUCUGAAGGAACUUGCGAGUAGUGCGGGUGAGGACGUCGUGUUUGCUAUGAAUGCAUUCAUAAAGCGUCUGUUGGCCGUCUCGGACCCUGCACAAAUGAAGACGGCGGUGUCGGAGACGAGCGGUGCUCAGCUGGCGAACCUGCUGUUCUGGCUGAUGAUCGUCGGGUACAGCAUGCGCAACAUUGAGGUGCGUUUUGACAUGGAGAGAGUGCUGGGAGCCGCCCCCAAGAUGGGCGGCGAGCUGCCGCCUGGCCCUGGAGACAACACGCAGACACAACUAUAGCUGCUAGAUAGGCACAGCGAGUACGGUUGAGUUUCAGAUUUGUUAGUUUGGUCUGCUGAGAUGUGUGGUUUUUUGUACGGAUAUAUAUUGUUCUGUGUUGUGUUAGUUGGUAUUCAGAUAGAAAAAAGAAAUUUUGUA